AUGUGCCAAUAUACCUUCCACAACAACCCUGACUGCGGCCAUAUUGCAAACUUCACUCUUGAUAUCUGCGUUGAGAUGAUGAAUGCAAUGCGCGAAGGCACCAAGAACCCACCUGACCACAAGGUCACCACAGUCCAUGACCUUCUGCCGAAAGGUCCCCCUUACCAGUGCCGGCCAUGUGAGGGCAAGCUCUCCAAGGUGGACACCAACUGUUCAGACUGUUCCGAUUCCGAAUAUGUUGUUUUGGAGGGUCAGAACGCAGGCGUCCCAAUUGUGCACAGCUAUAUGGAGAUGUGUCUGAAUGAGAAGAAUACACCACCUGAUGGCUGUGACAGCUUCGUGCAUGUGAACCGACAGGGGUCCCCUCCCUCGGCACCAAAACCGAUGUCUGCCAGCCAAACUCUGAAGAUGAGGGACCUGGCUAGUACUGAACCAGAGAUCCAUCCGCCAAUUAACAUGAUGGAAACACUGGAAGGAUAUGAAGACUUUUUGAAGAGAUCGAACGAACAACUUCGUGCUUAUCGCCUGCCUUCUACACCUAUUCGCAGUCCAGACUCAGGGAACCACGAGGGUAUUCCUGUCGCAAACCAAACAUGGUAUGAGAGUGACUCCGAAACAGAGCCGGACCACGUACAGUCUCCUCGUCCCCUUGGCUCUCCUUUCGGUUCACCACAUCGGGCCUCACGACCAAAGGAAGCCCCAUUGCGCGUAUCCGACUUGAAUGGCUCACCACCUAGUCAACAGCCAGGCUACCUCAAGGCAACUCCCCGAUUGACCAAGACAGGGAUCCAAGGCGAGGCUGUGCCCGUCCACCGAUCAAACGGUACCACAACUCCGCCCAACAAGCACUUGUAUCCGACGCUGCUUCCUUGCACACCUUCUCAUCUGAUCAUCCCCCCAAGCUAUUCUCCACCACCCGCACCACGCAAGACCCAUCGGAAAAACUAUACGGAUUAUAACCCUUUCGACACACCCGGUCUUCCUUUCGGACGCGAGUACAGGCUGCCGCGUCAUGGUGUUAUGAAUACGGUUCUUCAGUCACCACCGUCGCAAUAUCCUGAAGUUUAUAACAGGAGCUAUUCAAGACAAUACUGGGGUCCUUACAUGGUCUGA